AAGAGAAGUUUUGCCUAUAGGUUAACAGAACUCCGUAAUUUUCUUGUUUUUAUUUGUGUUUAUUAUCAUUGAACAUGAACCGUCUAUUUGGAAAAGGAAAGCCAAAGGAACCUCCUCCAAAUCUGACAGACUGUGUAUCAAACAUUGACAGUCGCGGAGAAUCAAUUGAUAAGAAGAUAGCUCGUCUCGAUGGAGAACUCAACAAAUAUAAAAAUCAGAUGAAGAAAAUGAGAGAUGGACCGUCAAAAAAUAUGGUGAAGCAGAAAGCACUUAGAGUUUUGAAGCAGAGAAAAAUGUAUGAGAACCAACGUGAACAACUCGGUAAUCAGUCAUUUAAUCUUGAACAACAAAAUUUUGCUAUCCAGACAUUGAAAGACACUAAAACAACGGUGGAUGCUAUGAAAGUUGGUGUUAAAGAUUUUAAAAAGGCAUACAAAAAUGUCAACAUUGAUAACAUUGAGAACAUGCAGGACGAACUGGAGGACAUGAUGGAGCAGGCUGAUGAGAUCCAGGAUGUGUUGGGGCGGAACUAUGGCAUGCCGGAGGUUGACGACGAUGAGUUGGAGGCUGAGCUAGACGCCCUCGGCGACGAGAUCGGCCUCGACGAAGACACGUCGUAUCUAGAUGAGGUGGCAGCACCGACCGCACCAACGGCAGAUCCCGGGGCAGAGAGUAUGCGGGGAGACGUUCCGGUGGAUGAAUUUGGCUUACCUCAGAUCCCACAGACUGCGAAGUGAUGUUUGUGAUUCGUCAUGGCGUCUUCUCAUUUUAGUCACCAUCAUGUCCGAUCAUAUCGCUGUUCAUCUCAACAUUUAACUUAUUAAUACAGUUUAACAGUAAAUAUCAACUUUUAAUAAUAGAACAACUCAUUUUAAGGCUGGCUUUGGAUCAGCAGAACAUUUUUAUCCCGUGAAAAUAGACACUAAGCUUAGUUAUCUACAAACCUGCAACACACAUGUGGAUAUGGUUAUAAGAGAGAGAAGCUAACGUCUGUGAUGUUUAAACAGGGAAAUCUAGUCCAAAACUAGACUAAAGCUCGUCUCGAUAACCAUUAUUUCUCAGACGAACAUGCAUUUUUAGAAUUUUGAAAAAUGCGUUUCAGGGUAUUACAAAAACCUGGCUGUUCAGAACCACUUCAGGUGUACGAAAAUUAAUAUUCUAAAU